AUGAUAUUAGAUUUUGAAAAUGAUGAUGAUACUCAUUUACAUACUUCAUUACUACUACCCAAUCUUGAUCAAAUAGAAAAGCAAUUUAAAAUUGCUAUUUCUGACUCUUUAAAUAAAUAUUGGCACAAUUUUUAUAAAGCUGGAUUGCAACAAAAAUCAACACCAAUAGUUACUAAAAUUAUGCAAAAUCUAUUUUUUGAAGAUAUUUUUGGAGUACAGAAUUAUAAAGAUAUGCUUUUAGAUGAGGUAGCACAAUAUUUAAAGACUAUCCUUAUUAAUUAUAAUGCCAAUUCUUGGCAAUAA